AUGCCCAAUGAGUUCCCACAUCGAGUGUGUACCGGGACUUUGAUAGCUAAGAAUUGGGUGUUGACAGCGGCGCACUGCCUGGCGCAGACAUUGACCCGGAUAAGGUUCGAGGGCUCACACUUCCCACCGGGACAGUACAGCAGAAUACUGAAGAAGAUCCCACACCCCGCCUACAGGAAGUACUUCAGAAACGAAUACUUCAAACACUUCUACUCUGUUAAUGAUAUAAGCCUGUUGCUAGUGGAAGUCGUCCACUUGAAAUCUUACGCGAAACUAGCAGCGGUGUACUACAAGAAGGUUCUGGGGCUGCCGGUGAAAUGCUACUCGUUCGGUCUGACGGUCAUAGACAAGAAGGAAGUGCUGAGGGAGCACAACGAUGGAGUAAACGCGGUCCAGGAGGCCGAGGGCAACGUAGUGACUUGCAAAAACCCUGAUCACUGGGGCCCAGGGAUCUGCACGGCUCCUAAAUGCCACUACAAAUUCAACAACUCAAUGGGAGGUGACACGGGAGGCCCUCUCAUCUACGAAGACCAGAUCCUCGGAAUAAGCAGCAUCAAAACCUCUUUGCCGAUGGAUCGCUACACACCAAUUAGCUUGUAUUUAGGCUGGAUUACGGAAAUAAUAAAGAAAAAUUAUAAUGCGUUAUGA